AUGGCCGCCUUGGGCGAGAAGUUCGACGCCUCCGGCGGCUUCAGCGGCAAGGACGAUGGCCGCAGCAAGGUGCACAUCCGCAUGCAGCAGCGUAACGGCCGAAAGUCGUGGACGACGGUCCAGGGCUUCCCGGAGCAGGUGCGCCUCCCCAAGACCGGCAGGGUGCUGCCCGUGCACUUCGAGAAGAUCCUGCAGCACCUGAAGAAGACCUUCAAGACCAACGGCACGCUGAUCAAGGACGAGGAGCACGGCACCAUCCCGGGAGCUGCAGGGCGACAUCCGCAAGGAGGUGGCCGAGUUCCUGAUCGACGCCACGGCGCUGAUCUCCAAGGAUCGGACCAGGUGAUGAUCCACGGCUCCUAG